AUGAGCGGCCGUGCGUCGAUCACGCAGCUCGCGCUCCCGACCGGGAUCAAGAAGCUGACGAACAUCGCGGUGGUGCGGCUGAAGAAGCACGGCGUCCGGUUCGAGAUCGCGUGCUACAAGAACACCGUCGCGGCGUGGAGGGACAAGUUCGAGAAGGACAUGGACGACGUCGUGCAGACGACGCAGAUCUACAACAACGUCAGCAAGGGCGUCCUCGCGAAGGAGGAGGACUUGAUGCGAGCGUUCGGGACCACGGACGAGAAGACGAUAUGCCGCGUCAUCCUCGACGUCGGCGAGAUGCAAGUCUCGGACAAGGAGCGGAAGCUCAACUUCGACACGCUCUUCCGCGACGUCGUCAACGUUCUCGUGGACAAGUGCGUGAACCCGGAGACGAACCGGCCGUACCCUCCCGGGAUGAUCGAGCGCGCGCUGCGCGACGUUCACUUCUCCGUGGACCCGAUGAAGAGCGCGAAGCAGCAAGCGCUCGCGGCGCUGCCGAAGCUCGGCGCCGUGUUCCCCAUCAAACGCGCGGCGAUGCGGUUCAGGCGCGUUCGUAUUUACACUGGUCCCCAUACGACCCCGUUCGCGUGGUGA